GUCUCCAGAGGAUAUGAUCACGGCCUUGGUCAGUUGUAGCAUAACGAAAACCCAACCUCAGAAUGAAUCCCCACGCAGAUAACAAUUCAGAUGUUGAACAUCAACAAAGCAAGACCUCCAUACCAUCAAGACUAUAUGCCAUUGCAGAUACUCCCAAAGUGUCUAGUCUGGCACAAAUCUGCGAGACAUCUAUAAGCAGAAAAGACUAUCCUCUGACUUCUGAUGUGCGAGAGAACAUCCCAAUUUAUGACUUGUCGAAACACGACUUCCAGAAGGCUGCGGCAGACAAACUACAAGACGAAUGGUACGAAAUUCUGGCCAACGGUCCUGGCCUUUUCGUGGUCCAAAACAUGUAUACGGAUCAGUCUGUACUUGAUGCGACAAACGACGCUUUCCGCGAGAUCAUCGAGCGCGAAAAGUCAAAUACAAAAGGCGACCACUUUGGACAUGGAAAGAAUGAACGUAUCUGGAACUCCUUCAGCAAACACGGAUUACAGGAUCCCAAGUCUUUUGUGCAAUACUACUCCAAUCCUUGGCUGGCCCGAGUCUGUGAGGCCUGGCUAGGUCAACAAUAUCGCGUCACGGCGCAGACGAAUAUCGUGAAGCCAGGAGGAGCAGCGCAAGUCAGUCAUCGCGACUACCAUCUAGGCUUCCAAACGGCAGAAGGCUGUUCCAGGUUCCCUAGAGGUAUGCAACACGCCAGUCAAUUCUUGACGUUACAAGGUGCUGUAGCGCAUAGCGAUAUGCCUUUGGAAAGUGGGCCUACGCGCUUUCUACCAUUCAGUCAGAGACUCGCGUCAGGAUACAUGGCCUAUCGGCAACCUGAGUUUGACCAGUAUUUCAACGAGCACUGGGUCUCACUACCAUUAAAAAAGGGCGACGGCGUAUUUUUCAAUCCGGCCCUGCAUCAUGCAGCUGGCAACAACACAUCCGACGUUGACAGGAGUGCAAACCUGCUCCAGAUCAGCAGCGCUUUCGGAAAGCCGAUGGAACAGAUCGACGCCAUUCCGCUUGUUCAGGCAUGCUGGUCAGAAGUUCAGAGCCUCUACAACUCUGAGGGACUAUCUGAGCAUGUGGAAACUGCGGUUGCUGCCAUCGGUGAGGGCUACCCGUUCCCGACCAACCUUGACAAUAGACCGCCUGCUCCUAGUGGCAUGGCUCCGACCAACGAACAGGAUCUUCUGCGUGAGGCAAUCGGUGCGGGCUGGACCACCGAGAAGGUAGUUGCGGCAUUGAAGCAAAUGAGGGUCGAUAGCCAGCCAUGAGUUGCUUGCAGCUCCGCAGUUAUCGGCACCUGUGUAAUGCAGCAAAUAGCUGGCGUGCACCUUUGUAUUUGGAAGCAAAACUGAAAACAGCCACUAUCAAGGCAGGAGGCUCUUAUCAUCCGAUCGCUUUGAUACUGUAGUAUAAGGGAAACCAGAUAGACAUUCGGGAAGGAGGUUCCGAUUGCAUUCUUGAUCAUGGUCCGAGUCGAGCUGUCCAGACCUUGUAGCCUUACUGUCAAUGUCAGAAUGGCGUGAACUUCUUAGUGGAUACAAAAGCUCAGUGUAUUUCGACCGGAAAAGAGUUGUACAAUGACAGCGUUUGCUUACGAAGAGCC